AUGACCCAGGACUCGAAUGCCGAUCAAGAGAAGCGGGUGGGUGGUGGCGGCGGGGACGGCAUCGCGCCCGUCGCGGCGGCACACGAUCACCACCCCGACUUCUCCAAACUCGACGUCAAAGACGAGACGGGCGACCUGGCCGCCGCCGCCCUCAUGAAUGGCGAGGCAGACAAGGCCGCAUCCAAAAAGAUCCUGCGCAAGAUCGACAUGUACAUCCUGCCCUUCCUCUGCGCCACCUACGCCCUCCAGUUCAUCGACAAGACCUCGCUCGGCUACUCGUCCGUCUACGGCAUCAUCCAGGACAACCACCUCGUCGGCCAGGACUACUCAUGGGCUGCCUCAAUCUUCUACUUCGGCUACCUCCUGUUUGAGUAUCCCGGAGUGGCGAUCCUGCAGCGGUUUCCCGUGGCCAAGUUCCUGGGCAUCAACAUCAUCCUCUGGGGCGCGAUCCUGAUGUGUACAGCCGCGUGUUCCUCCUUCGCCAGCCUCGCGACUGUGCGCUUCCUGCUGGGCGUCUUCGAGGCUACCAUCUCGCCUGGCUUUGUUGCGGUGACUGGUAUGUGGUGGACGCGCCAGGAGCAGGCGUCGCGCUCGGCGCUGUGGAUAUCCUUCCUGGGAGUCGGCAGCUUCGUCGGCACGCUGAUCGCCUUCGGCAUCGGGCACAUCACCGGCAGCCUGUCGCCUUGGAAGUACAUCUAUCUCAUCCUCGGCGCCAUCACCGUUAUUUGGGGCGUCGUCUUCUACCUCUUCGUGCCCGACGGCCCGGCCCAGGUCCGGUGGCUGAACGAGGAGGAGAAGGUCAUCGCCAUCCAGCGCCUGAUCGAGAACAAGACGGGCACCAAGAGCCGACGGUUCGUUAAGGAGCAGGUCUACGAAGCAGUCGUCGAUCCCAAGAUUAUUAUCCUGGGCUUGAUCUCCUUUGUCAACGCGAUCGCGUCCGGCGGCCUGUCGUUUGGCUCCCUGCUCGUCAACGGCCUGGGCUUCAACCCUAUCCAGACCACGCUCAUGCAACUGCCGCUGUCUGCUAUUCAGCUCAUUGCGCAGCUCGCCGCUGGUUUCCUCGCCAGCAAGAUCAAGAAGUCCCGUCUGCACAUCGGCUCCCUCUGCAUGAUCCCUCCGAUGUUAACAAAGUCCUCCCAGAUUAUCGGCACCUGCCUGAUCAACCAGCUGCACACAGACAACAAGUGGGGCCGCCUCGUCGGCCUCUGGCUCCUGGGCAGCUACCCGGUCGGCUUCAUGGUCAUCCUCGGCCUGCUCUCGACCAACAUCGCCGGCAGCACCAAGCGCUCUGUCGCCUCGGGCUGGGUCUUCGUCUGCUACUGCGUGGGCCAGAUCGCGGGGCCCCAGUUCUUCAAGUCGUCGCAGGCGCCCUCGUACCACAGCGGCAUCGUCGCCAUGCUGUGCGGCUUCGUGCUCAACCUCGUGCUGAACCAGGUCCUGCGCCUGCUCUACGUGCUCGAGAACCGCCGCCGCGACCGGGACCUCGAGGGCAAGUCCGAGGAGGAGCUGGCGGACAUGAAGAGGGAGAGCGAGCUGCAGGGCUUCGAGGACGUGACGGACAAGCACAAUGUCAUGUUCCGCUAUGUUUUGUAG